UGGCAUCUGUGAUGUUCUUGGCGGAAAACCCUGAACUUUGGUUUGGCUGGGUGGAGAGGACCAGCCCCUCUGGCGUCAUCCUGCCAUUCCACACAGUCUUCACUUUCCAAGCUGUGCCAUGGAAAACUCUGUGUGUCGCAAGGAAACAAGCUGAUCAGUCAUUGCAAUCAGGCUAUAGGCUGACCUCAAGCAAUGCAGUCAAACAAACUCUCGGACGAUGUGGAGGGAAAUCCUGACAGGGUGGAUCCCUUCUACCAGCAAGGCAAAGUGGCUUGUGUCAUGUUCACGGUUCUACUCCUACUUUCAUUCAUGGUAAUAGGAAUCGUAACAGGUCUCAACUUCAAGAAGUCUUCACAAGAGGAUCAGACCAGAGGUCUUCUUUCUGAUGAUAUUACACCCAUCCCAUUCCAGUACAACGGUGACAGAGGGCUCUGCUCGGAUGGUUGGGUUUUAUAUAGGAACUCCUGUUAUUUGAUAAUGAAUGUUUAUGGGACAUGGGAAUUAUCAAAGUCUUUAUGCCACAACUCUGGGGCGCACUUGAUGGUUGUGAACAGUGAGGAAGAGCUGGAGUUCAUUUCAAGAGUGGUUCAGAAGAGGGCUGACUAUUGGAUUGGUCUCAAGAGAGACAAAAUGGGCCAGUGGUCCUGGAUUAAUGGAGAUAAUUAUUAUUCAAAUCCACAUUUCUGGGAUGAAAAUCAACCUUCUCAUUGGGAUACGGAGUCCUGUGCUCACUUAACAGGAUCUGACACGGUGCAUCGAAAACUGAUGCAUGAGGCUGACUGUCACAGACAACUGUAUCACAUUUGUGAACGCAAACUAGAGAAAGGCAUGCGGUAGGAAACGUGACCAUCAUGUCAACAGUAUUAGGCUGACCUAAACCUAGCUCUGGACAUGCUCCUUCUGAGUUUAUAGAUUGUUUGUGAACUACUUGCCUGACUGUUGCACAUUUAAUGUACUUAAAUGCUUUUCAUAGUCACUUUUUAUAGUGUUCCAGUGUACAGUCCUGUUAAAUGAACACAUGCAGUUAAUUAAAAUGUUCACUAAAAUGAAUAAUUUGUUUUUUUAAUAUUUGACACAAUUUAACUGAAGAGAUCAAUUAAUAAUCAUAAUCAUCCUAAUUAUUAUGCAGUCAUAAUCAGUUAUGUAAUUAAUCGAAAUCCAGGGUUAGAUUUAAAGUAAUGCUGACCUCUUUUGGUGAGAUGGAUGAACUGCAAGUGGAGCUUGCAGAUAGACAUCUUUAGUACAAUAAGCAUAACCUCUUACUGUUGCAGGUGACUUUAUUUGUAUGAGAAUGAGUAGACUUCAGUGUAGAGGUCGUAUAAGAUACCCCAGCAGUCUUCCUGUUGCCAUGAAUCAGAAUAACACUGAUCAAGCCUGAGAAAACUCUUCAUUUAUGCACAAAACCUCUUAGGUUUGACUGACAAAACUGAUUCAAAUGAAUAAUUCAGUGUCUCUGUAACUGAUUUAAAUCUGACCUUUUCCACAGUAGCAUCAGUUGAACUUGUAGAGAACAGGGAGCACGGGGCAUUUGCAACACACACGGUUUAACCAAUUAGGUUAAAUAACUAAUUACUAUAUACUUUUAAGUAUAUAUGUUUUACAUUUGACAUUCAUUUACACAUUUUAGGAACAAUAUGCAAUUUUCAAAAUAACCUCAAUUUAAUGUGGGAAAUCAUUUUUGAAUUUAAGACAAAACAACAACAACAAUAAGAAAUGUGUUGCAACACUCUCUGCACUUAAUUUCUCUCUACAAUCUUUUCAUAUGCAGUUUUCUGACUUUAGGUCUUGUUGGAAGAAAUACUACACCCAAAAAUAAACAUUGUCAUCAUUUUCUCACACAAAUGUCA